GAAAAUCAAACAUAAGCACCAACUUUACAAUUUGAGGAAACCCUGAAGGUCACACAGAAAGCACAUUCUUGUUCUAUGACUGCACAGAGAAAUGUUUCUUGCUUAAAUUUUCUUUAUUCCCUUUCUUGAUUUCUCAUAUUUACGAUCCCCUCCCCCUCCCACACACACUUUCCAUGUCAUCUCUGGUUCUUACUUUGUCAUUCACAGUUGAAAAGUUUUACUUGGUCUUUUAAUGUUAAUUUUUAUGAUUGCUUUUACUAACAAACAAUGUGUAAAAUAAAAGAUGUCUAUUCUGUGAUUUAUACCUUAAAUCACAGGAUAAAACAUGCUUCCCUUUAUUUCACCUUCCCAAUUGGGCACCUUAUUAUUACUAUACUGCAGAAUAUUCCACUGAAAUUUGGCAAAAAUGUGGGAAAGUUCAACACAUUAAAAUUAUUAUUCUCCCCACCGAAAAAUACAACUCGAUCAAAGUCGAUCAAACUCACGUGGAUCUUUUUAAUCGUGAUAUAUCAUGCGUAUAUUAGCGCAAAAAAAUAAAACUUAUAUCGUCAUUCAGGCCGAAACGGAAACAUAAAUCAACAACAAAACUAUUAUUUUUAAUGCAUCCCUACCUCUCCCCCGCCGCCCCCACCACUUCCUCCUCUCUCUGACAGAUGUCGGGAGAAGAGGACAGAGGGGAUCUCACGGGCCACAUUUCGCCUGUGGCAUUAUGUAAAUAAGGUGCAGGAGCAUGUGCCAGUUAAACCGCAGUGCCGUGCGGAGUGAGGGAUGAAGCACAGACGCUUGCACGGCAGGAGCCGGGGCCGUCGGUAGAUGGCGGUAACCCAAGAAACCUGAUCCACCGGGCUCCCGUGCACUCCGUCUCAGUUUGCAGCACUCGCAUUUGAAGACGAGAGAAGCCGAGCAGUUUGAAGGACACCGAGAAGAACCAGCAGAGCCCACGGCGGGUCCUCUCUCGCGAGCAGGCGGCGGAGCGCUCUGUUCACAGAGAACAACGGGCAAACUCGGAGCACCAUGGAAGACAAAUCCAAUUCGUUCUCCAGCAACAAGGAGGAGAAGGCGGAUGGGAAUAAUGUUUUUCAGAGGCAAGACUCGAUACAGAAAAAUAACACGGGGAGCCAGAACACGAAGGACCAUGGCAACUCCGUGGGCUUCAAGGGGGAGCGGGAAGAGGCCAUGGUCGGCUUUGACGACCUGGACGGGGCGUCCAGGCAGCAUGGUUUUAUGCAGAGGCAAUUCGGGGCGAUGAUGCAGCCCGGAGUCAAUAAGUUCUCCUUGCGAAUGUUCGGCAGUCAGAAAGCCGUGGAGAAAGAGCAAGAGAGGGUCCAGACGGCCGGAUACUGGAUCAUUCACCCAUAUAGCGAUUUUAGGUUCUACUGGGACUUGAUAAUGCUCAUCAUGAUGAUGGGGAAUCUAAUCAUCAUUCCUGUGGGAAUAACCUUCUUCUCAGAGCAGACCACCACCACCUGGCUGGUCUUCAACGUGGCUUCGGACACCAUCUUCUUGGUGGACCUGGUCAUGAACUUCAGGACGGGGAUCGUCAACGAGGAGAGCUCCGAGAUCAUCCUCGACCCCAAGGUCAUCAAGAUGAAUUACCUGAAGAGCUGGUUCGUGGUGGACUUCCUCUCCUCUAUUCCGGUGGAUUAUAUCUUUUUAAUAGUGGAGAAAGGCUUCGACUCGGAGGUGUACAAAACUGCACGCGCUCUGCGAAUCGUCCGCUUCACCAAGAUACUCAGUCUGCUGCGUCUGUUGAGAUUGUCCCGGCUCAUCAGAUAUAUACAUCAGUGGGAGGAGAUUUUCCAUAUGACCUAUGAUCUGGCUAGUGCAGUGGUAAGAAUAUUUAAUUUGAUAGGGAUGAUGCUGCUUCUGUGUCACUGGGAUGGCUGUCUCCAGUAUCUGGUGCCUCUCCUCCAAGACUUUCCCCCUGACUGCUGGGUGUCCCUAAAUGGUAUGGUUAAUGUGUCCUGGGGUAAGCAGUACUCCUAUGCCCUCUUCAAAGCCAUGAGCCACAUGCUGUGCAUCGGGUAUGGUGCCCGGGCGCCCGUCAGCAUGUCUGACCUGUGGAUCACCAUGCUGAGCAUGAUCGUGGGCGCCACGUGCUACGCUAUGUUUGUGGGCCAUGCCACAGCUCUAAUCCAGUCACUGGAUUCCUCACGCAGGCAGUACCAAGAGAAGUAUAAGCAAGUGGAGCAAUACAUGUCUUUCCACAAGCUUCCAGCAGACAUGAGGCAGAAAAUCCAUGACUACUAUGAGCACCGCUACCAAGGCAAGAUUUUUGAUGAGGACAACAUCCUGAGUGAACUCAACGACCCACUCAAAGAGGAAAUUGUCAACUUCAAUUGUCGUAAACUUGUUGCCACCAUGCCUCUGUUCGCCAACGCCGACCCCAACUUUGUGACGGGGAUGCUGAGCAAGCUGAAGUUUGAAGUUUUCCAACCCAAUGACUAUAUCAUCAGGGAAGGCACGGUUGGGAAGAAGAUGUACUUUAUUCAGCAUGGCGUCGUGAGUGUCAUCACCAAGUUCAACAAGGAAAUGAAACUAACCGAUGGAUCCUACUUUGGAGAGAUCUGUCUGCUCACCAAGGGCAGACGGACAGCGAGCGUACGUGCAGACACCUACUGUCGACUCUUUUCCCUCUCUGUUGACCAUUUCAAUGAGGUGCUAGAAGAGUACCCCAUGAUGCGACGUGCGUUUGAAACCGUAGCCAUCGACCGCCUGGACCGCAUUGGGAAGAAGAACUCGUUGCUGCUGCAGAAGUUCCAGAAGGAUCUGAACGCCGGCGUGUUCAACACACAGGAGAACGAGAUAUUGAAGCAGAUUAUCCGUCAGGACAGAGAGAUGGUGAUGAUGGUGGACCGCAAGCAGUCAGUUACCGGAAUGAACUCGACUCCAAUGUCAGGAAACUCCAUUAUUAACUCACCAGCCCAGCCGCCAUAUUCCACUGCCUUUGGCGCCGCUCAGCUACAGCAGUCCUCUGUACCCAUGACCUAUAGUGCUUCAGCUAUCGCCAAUGCCUCUGUUGCUCGCAUGCUGCCAGUGGCUGCUGCCGCCGCCGCUGCAGCGCAGGGGGGAUUCCCUGCAUCCAGUCUUUCCCAGGUUAACCUGAAUUCCUCGUCACAGACAGCACUGCAUCAGGGAGCGAUCAUGUCACCCUGCUCUUUCACGGCGGCCAUGUGCAGCCCACCCGUUCAGACCCCGUUGGCUAGCCGAAGCUUCCAGUAUGGCUCACCAACAGCGUCCCAGCUAUCGCUUAUCCAGCAGCCCAUUGGCCAACCUUCUCUACCCACACAACAGCAGCAGCUCGGUCAACAGCCGGCUGCUUCGACUGCUGCUGCAGCCUCGGCAGCACAGCAGCAGGUCCCUUCACCUCAGCGGGGAGACAUCCACAAGAGCACGCAGGCUCUCCAGUCUGGCAGCUUGAGUCGAGAUGUCCGACACCUGUCGGCCUCCCAACCAUCACUGCCACAUGACACGUCUCUGGGGCCCAGAGUUCAUCCGGCUUCUGGGGAGUCUUUGGCCUCCAUGGUGCCACCGACGGCAGCAGCCAUCCAGGGAAUAAGUCUACAAGGUGGCAUUCGCACUACAGUACCCCAGCGGGUCAAUCUGUUCCGCCAGAUGUCAUCGGGAGCUUUGCCCCCAGUGCGUUCAGCCGCUUCGGCAGCGGCUGCGGUGGCAGCGGCGUCAUCAUCAUCAUCUUCGACCCAGCACAGGGAAUCCCCUGGAUCUAGAAGAGAUUCUGUCCUCAGCAGUGCAGAGACUGAGCAAGACAAAAUGCGUUUCGCAUCAAAUUUAUGAUUCCAUACAUCUUUCCCUUACUUUCUAUUUUGUUUUUUGUUUUUGUUUUUUUUAACUUAAAUGUGUUUCAAUUCAUCUUAAGGAUGGGUAUUGAACAAAAGAGGCAAAAACGAGGAAUUUCUGAAUUUAUUUGUUUCUCUCCAGCUUUCCUCUAAAGUAACCUCAUACAAAUCUUAUGUAUAUAAGCCCUUGUAUAAUAUUUUAGACAUUUUUGUCUCCCUAAACUUAAGAAUGUAUAUUAUACAGAUACACGUGAAUGGAUGUUUGAGAGUGUGGAUGUGUGCCGGUGCGAGUGGGUAAAAUCUAACUACAAUAUUGGCAAAGGCAAUUUAAAGCUGUAGUAUAAAAAUGAGUCUUCCUUUCUAAGAAAUAUAUGAAAUGAUAUAUCAUGUAUGACUUUUUGAAAUUAUUUUUGUUUUUUUUCCCUGUCAUUUUGCUUUCUUUUCCAACUGGAAUGCAAUAUGGAUUUUGUUCUUAACCUGAUGAAGAGGAAAAAUGUUUUCUCCUGUUAAGCAGCUUUAGGCAUCACUGUGCAAUUAUUAAUGCAAUUAUCUCUGACAAAGAAAUUCUAAAAGCACAUACUUAUGAUAAAAAAAAUUGAAUAAUUUACUGAGACUUGCUUGAGCGAUCAGAAUAAAUACUGUAAACGUGUAUUAAGCUGCUCCCAGAGAUGAGGAUACAGUCUUCUGAGCUGUUGUUUCCCCAAGGCAGGCUCACAUUCAAACCAUGACAGUGUUAUGGGUCUAAAGGGAAUAGGUAAUAGAAAUGCUGCUUUCUUUAUUUAUUUGGUGAAGCAAGAGCGUGGAGAUGGAUAUGGAUGGAUGAUCUUGUUUUUUUUUUUGUUCUUUUUUUUUUCUAUUUUUGAUUUCAGAUGGUUGAGAUCUUACAUAAUGUUGCUUAAAAAAUUCUGUGUAUAUUUAUAAUAUUUAUAAACUAAAGAUUAUCACCAUUAUGCAAUAGACUGUGACAUAACAAAUACCUAUAUGUGUGCUGUAAAUAGUUUUGUAGAUCUAGGAUUUACAGAUACUGUGUUGUGCAUUCUCUAUCAUAACAAUGUCUUACUUCUAUCAUCUAUAUGCGACAGAGGUUAAGUGACAAAAUACGUAUGUUUCAUAAGAGAUGAGCAAACCUUAAUGCAAAAACUUAGCAGAACUUGAGGCAGAGAAAUUUAGGCUUAAAGGACAUUUAUGAUUCCCUCUCUCUUCUCUGGUUGUUUACUAUAUUUAGGUCUAGCAUCACAUAUUUUUUGGAUCAGUAAUUUAAAAAACUUAAUUUUUGUCUUUCAAUCCAAAGUGGAUUAGUUUUUCCCCAUUAUCCCAAUUUCAGUUUUAAAAUGAUUUCACCAACAUUACUGAUUCAUAUUCAAGGGCAGAAAUAUUAUUUUCAUUCUUACUUAUUGUAGCUUUUGAAAAAUUAUUUAAAUUGUCCCCUAUUUGCAAACCGGAUCAGAUAUACUCCAGUAUUGCCCUUGAUUUAUUUAACACAACAAGGUUAGAUGUUGUGUUUGAAUUGGAGUACUGAGUUAGGUUUUCUAUUUGACCCUUUUUGUUGACAAGAGCAUGGAAAGCUAGCAAUAGCUAAUGCUAACUACAUAGCAGGCAAAGGGUUGAUAUUAUCCCAAGUAAACAAGUGUUUUCUUUCAUGUGAACUGUAAGUAGAAACACAACCCACUCACAUUCACAUAGUUAUGCAGCACAAUUUUACCUUUUGACAUUUUCUUUUUAAUUUCAUUCCUCUGAAAGAGAUUUAGUGAUGCUAAGGUUUACCCGAUAACCACAGUAUGGUUCCUUUUUGUCUCUUUCCUUUCAGAAAUGUUUAGCUGCCCAGCUAGGAAAUGUAUUCAGGAGCAGUAUGUCAUUAAAAUGAGAUAUUUAAUUGUUUUAACGAGACAAGUGUUAUAUCUCGUUAAAAUGACAGAGUUUCUCAUUUUAAUGAGAUAUAGAAAUACAUUCCUCUUAUUACAACAUUUUGAAAAGGCAUAAAGAAGCUCCCACUGACUUUCCAUUUUUUUUCACUCAGUUUCUUCUAUUAGCACUCAGACAUCCUGCAAUGUGUUGCCAUUUUACUGUUAUGGCUGCACUCAUUUAAAUGAGAAUAUAUUUAGGUUUUAAUUUAAUAUAAAUCUCAUUUUGAGUUAUACAUUUCAACCAAACCAAGUUUCACGUUGUAACAAGAUGCUGAAUUUAUUCCCUAGCUCUGGCAGUUAAAUUAUUCUAUAUUUUCUUACACAACUAUUUUUGACAGAGUUUGGUUUAAAUUACUAGAUUAUUGCACCAGCAUCAUAGAAUCCAACAUUUGAUUUAAAGAAAAGGGCCUUCAGGUUAAAAUGCGCAUAACAAUUUUACGAUUUUAAAAAUAUUUUUCAAAAUCUGAAUGUUGAACUUAUGGAACAAGCUACGUGUAAGGUAAAAGGUUAUCUUACAUGAUAAAACUUGCUGUCAUGAAGUAAGUAUUUCACAGGACCUACCAACAUUACAAUAAGUACACAGUAUAAUUUUACCAGCUUAACUUUUCUUACUACAUUGUGUGAAAAAGGCCAUUAUUUAAUUCAAAAUGGUGGUAAAUGACGAAUGAUGAGGAUUAAAAUAAACUGGAAAGUUCCUAACAAAUGACUGAAAACGGAGCAAUAAACCAUCUGUAAAAACCAGAGUUUAUCAUAUGCAAAUUAUGAUGUGAUAUUUCACCAGCAGACUGACUUUUAUGGUUUCUAGUAAUCACAUUUGAGAUGCGUAACAUGACAUAAUUGAUUGAUUCUCUUCCAAAAAAAAAGGAUAAUUAUCAACCGACUGAACUUCGGAUAAGAGUGAUGCAAGUUUUUUUUUUUUUAGAUCAAAACUAUAUUUUCUAACAGUUUGACUUUCCUAGUCUAUGUGUGAUGGUGUGAGCCGUCAGGCUGAAUACUAGUGCUACAUAACUCCAUGCAACACUCCGGGUAUACAGUCAUCUCCAAACACACACAACCAGCAGAAGAAAGAGAAGUAAAGUCAAGAGCUAGAAAGAAAAGAUAGGCGAUAUUAGAGGGUUUGGUAUUGUAACAUUGGUGUAUUUUAAUUAAAGCAUAUCACAGACACUUUAUGAAGACCUCAGGACAUUGUAUCAAUGGGUAAAAAGGGGCCGAUUAAGAGUGGAUGGUAAACAAAGGCUGGUUUGCAUUAAGGUUUCUGUCUCAUGUAAAUCCAUCGUGUGGGCUUAGGUACUCUAAACUGACCUGGAGAUUGAGGCAUGAACGUAUAAAGUUAAGCAAGAAUAACACACGACUAUCCGAGCACACGACCUGCAAGCUGUCGUCACUGCUUGCAGGUUCAUUCCGUGCACAUCCAAUAGGUUGCACAUUGUGCUCAAGGCCUUACUGCUUUCUCCUUAAUCAAAAGUGACAAAUUCUCAGUCAGUUUAGAUUCAGAUUCAUGGCACCAAAUAUCUCAUCAGUUCACAGUGACUAAGCCCGUUGAGAUAGUGUUUUAAAAGAUUAAAAGUCUUCACCCCAGACUGUGUCGAUAGUCCACAAAUGCAGUCAACCCACCACUGUCACGAAAGCAUGCGUUGUCACAAAUAACUUAAAUAGAAACUAUCUCGAAAAUGUUGACGUUAAAUGUUAAUGUUAGAUUCUCUUUUGUUCACUGUCCUUCUGCUAGAUGUUAUCUGUGUGUUGAAACACAAGCAUUGACUCUUUUUUGCAUUGACGGUCUGAAGUAUUUGUGCCUAAAACUAUCGCCAUGUUCCAUCCUUUUCGUUGUGGGCAUGAGCCCGCCGCACACUAGCGUCACUUCUGCACACGGCUGCGCAGUCACUCUUGCUAUACUCUGUGUGUGUGUGUGUUCUGUGUCUCAGUGUUUUUAGACAAGAAAGGAAAUGACAAUAACGAUGGCCAAAUGUCUCAACAUGUGCAGCCGGUGUCUUCACUUUCGGUGAGAACUGCUGGAGGCGAGUCUUUUUUUUUUUAUUAUUAAUUUUUUUCUAAAACUCAACUUAAAUAGAAACGUCAUGAGGUAAUGUACAGAUAAAAGAAGUGCAAUCUUUAGACUUGCAGAUGUAUCACAGACUUGAGACAUUGUAUAAAUUUGGAGCACCUUUAUACCUUUCUUUGUAGCUAGCCACUGAUGUAAAAGGUUGAGUACCGAUGCAUGAGAAGAAACUGGCCAAAGCAAAACAUUCAAAGUCUUUGUCUUUGUUUUUAAAUUGCACUUUCUGACUUACUAAUGAAAAGAUAGGGAUUCUUUCAGCGAGGUUAGGCGCUGGAUGAGAUGGAAAAGGGAGCGAUAUCUCUGAGAAUUUGUGCUGACCUCAUCUUGUUUGAGUUUCUAAACGGGAGCGGGUGGGGAGGUGUUCUAUUUGCAACGGAGAGCGCUUAAUCGCGAACAUGCCAUAGUGUAUAGGAACUAGUACACAGUCGAGAUGGAUUGCAGCACUGUUGGUUUGUGCUGUUUUUGAUACUUGCCUUUGGAGGGAGAGCUUCCCGACUAUGUGCUUUUUUUUUUUUUUUUCACUAAACAAAUCACUACUAACUAGCAUACCGGAACGGGCAUUAUCAGUGACA